AUGUGUCCAAUCGAUUUCGAGGACGAGUAUCUGAUUCUAACAUCGCCACAACCAGCAAUCUCACAAUCAUUCGCCAGUUUUACCAAUGUCCCAAUCAUCAGCAACACUAACACUUCCAUUGCUGCUAACAACAAUGCAAGAACACAAAGAAGAACAUCGAAUUUUUUCCCACCAACCAACGAUAACAGUGUGUUAUCAACACCAAGCUUCCAAGUCUCGACAGACUCAUAUCAGUUCCCUGACAUUUCAUGCUCGACCACCACAACAGCAAUAACAGAGCUGGCAAUAUCUCCAUUCACAGCAUUCAAUAAAACAGCACUUUCAGAACCACCACAAAGUCCAUUUUAUACCAAGACUCCAUCAUCAAUUACCACCAGCAAUCUUGGAUCGCCGGUGAUCAACAAACUAAGCCAAGCCAACUUCAAUACCAUAAACUAUCAGUUGACAAAUAGUCUCAAUGAUUUGCAUUUACAGUCGUCUUUAGACUCUUCACUAAAUUCUAUAACCCAUCAGCAACAGCAUCAGCAACAGCAACAGCAACAGCAACAACAAAUACACGAUAUCUAUCAAAACAGCAAUUUGCAUAACUGUCUACCCAAUGUUUCUCAUCAAGAGAACCUAUAUAAUCUUGAACAACGACACGUUUUAAAUCAACAGAAUAGCUAUUAUGAACGACCUCAAAACCAUACACAGGAAUUGGGGAAUGGCUUCAUGCUAAACACAAAUCCCAUCGAUACACCAAAGUUGAGUCCAGUGCUAUCACAAUCAAUUUGGAAUAGUGAAAUUACCCCUGAGUUGCCAAAAAUACAAAAAAGACAAAACAGAUAUUCGAACAAGGUCAAUAAUCCUGUGUUUAUACCGAGUGAUCAACCAAUCGAUACGAAAAGCAUCGACAACAAUUCUCUAAGCCCAAAAAACAAAACUAUAGUUACGGAUGAUCAGCCAUCUGAGCCACUAAAUCGAAGAAUCAAGUUCCCAAAACAAGUGAACUAUACCCCAAAACAUAAUUACUUUGUUGAGGAUAUGCUAAAAUAUGAUUUGACCAAUCGGUAUAGUGAAGGGUAUAGUACGACAUUCUAUAAACGAAACAAACAUGGAUAUAUGUUUAUAAGAGAGGCAACAAAUACAUUGCAUGUCCAUCAAAAUUCUUGGGUUCAAUUAAAGAUUAAACUUCCCACAGGAUCACCACCAUCAACAACAGGCAAUAGAAACAAUAGUAGUUCUAGAAAGUUAUUGAGCAAGAAAUUAAAAGUGAAUAUCAAGGAAUUGCCAAUUUGGAAACCCAAACCAUAA